AGAUUAGUCCAAAAAUGAGCCCUAAAUCACCAUGCUAAGUUCUAAUGGGAAAACUUUGAAUACAGUGUUGUUCUUUAAGGGGUGGUUGAUUGCGAUUUCACUUUUUUAACAUUAGUUAGUGUGUAAUGUUGCUGUUUGAGCAUAAACAGUAUCUGCAAAGUUGCGGCACUGAAAAUUCAAUGCAAACGGAGAUAUUUUCUUUUAAAAUUUCGCCAGUUUAAUGCCAACAAAAACAGCUCGUAGGGACUACAAAGAGUUACUUCCCGGGUUUGUAACAUCACAAACCCCGCCCCCGGGAACAUGCAACAAAGGAGGCGAGGCAAGAAAACUAGGGGUGACGUAAAAAUCUAUGCAUAUAUGAAUCGUGAUUCUGUCUUCUAAUGGAUUCACAAGUUUCAAAAUCAAUGUUCUAAAGCAGCGGUUCUUAUCCUGUUCCUCGCGUCGCCCUGCUCUACAUCUCUCUUUCAGAUCAUCAGCUCAGCCCCAACAAUGAACUGUUCUUAUUUUCACACAGCUAUGAGAAGCGUUAUACAUGGACGCAUGUGCGGUUGCAGUACUGUAUUAAAAGCUUUAAUCAGGAUAAAACCGUAUAUAAAAAGCAUGAGACAACAACAAACAAACAUAAACAUUAAAGGUGGGGUAUGUAAUUUUUCAAAAACGCUUCAGAAAACUGAGUCGGGACCGAGUACCAAAACAAACUUGUAGCCAAUCAGCAGUAAGGGGCGUGUCUACUCAUGAUGUGGAGGAGAGAGCGCGCAGUGCACAUGACUGACAUUAGCCGAGCUAAGCAACAGAAAGAUAGAGAUGGCGAUAAAAAAAUAAUAAAAAAUAAAAAAAAAAAAGAGGAGGAGGAAAACGUCUGCGGAACGAUAAGGCAAGAAGUAGGACCCGUAUAAAUAUCGGAUCAGCUUUCCAGCGCUGGAGAGAACUCAAGGCCCGCGAUCGGACGCCGAGGUUGCUUUGUUUCUUCUUGAUAGGUGGUGUGCACUGACACGGAUCAAUCACCCUCCUCCACUGUUAGUUUGCAAGUGUAGUGCAUCUGUCUGUCCAUAUAGCAUCUUGGUUAAUCGGUGCUCUUGUGAUACAGUAAAAGUGUCACAGCUUCAAAAUCAAAGAAACAAAAAAUCAGUUUGAAAAUCUGUUGACCUGACUGAUAAAAAGCUAUCAUCUAACCAGCCUACACAUCUCAAUGGCUCCCAAGAAGAAGUCACCACGCCCUAAGAAGUCCAUUCCUGAACCAUCAACAGUUGAGAGUGGAGUGGUUGUCCCAGAGCCCGGAGUUAAGAAGCUGGAGCUUCCUUUUAAUAUUGAGCAGCUGAACCGGCUCAAUGGAGUGCCCCUGCCACCCCCUGUGAUUCGACCUGGGGAGAGAGGUUUUGGCCUGGGCAGUGAGCUCACCCGCCCCAUGCAUGGAUCCGCUCUGCUGGAGGAGCUGAGCCGGAUGAGACAGGAACGAUUCCUCACUGAUAUGGAAAUGGCCUGCAAAACCAAGGCAUUUGAUGUCCAUAAGCUAGUAAUUUCCUCAGUCAGCCAGUAUCUUCGUGAAGUUCUGGCCAAGGACCCUGGACUUAAACGACUGGAACUCCCUACCCUCUCACCUCUCGGACUUGCCAAUGUGAUUACAUUUGCUUACCUGGGCCGUGUGCACAUGUCCCUGUACACCAUUGGCUGCACUGUGUCUGCAGCCAGCACCCUGCAAAUACCUCAUCUUCUCCAGAUGUGCAUGGACUUCCUGAUGGCCGAACUGAAUGUGCACACUUGUGUGUAUGUGUGGAACAUCGGCGCUGCAUAUGGCCUGAUGCCUGUUCGAGAGGCCGCCCGGCGCUACAUUCUGGAGAAUUUUACCCAGUUUUCUGAGACAAGCCAAUUCAACCAACUCACCCUGGAGCAGAUCACAUCUUUCCUGCAAGAUGACAACCUAUCUCUUCCUUCAGAGGUCACCACCUUUCAGAUUGCAAUGAAGUGGAUAGACUUUGACCCAAAGAGGCAGGAACAUGCUACAGAACUGCUGUCUCACGUGCGCUUUGAGACCAUCUCUGCGAGCGAGCUGGUUAGUGAGAUCCAGCCAGUGGCACGCAUGAUGCUAGAUCCUCAGUGUCACCGUCUUCUGGUGGAUGCCAUGAACUACCAUUUGCUGCCCUACCAGCAGAAUACACUGCAGUCACGGCGCACAAAGGUCCGCGGAAGCCAAAAUGCUCUUCUAACCAUUGGGGGUCGUCCUUCACUAACUGAGCGUGCCCUAAGUCGAGAGGUGCUUUGGAGAGAUCCACGAGAGGGAACGGCUACAUGGCGUCAUCUUACUCAGCUGCCAGCCAAGAGUUUCAACCAGUGUGUGGCUGUGAUGGAUGGAUUCCUGUAUGUGGCAGGAGGAGAAGAUCAGAAUGAUGCCCGAAACCAGGCUAAACAUGCUGUUGGCACCCUUAGCAGAUAUGAUCCUCGCUUCAACACUUGGCUACAUCUUACCAGCAUGCGCCAACGACGUACACAUUUCAGUUUGGUGGCCACUGGUGGGCGGCUGUAUGCCAUUGGUGGCCGCAACACUGAUGGCCUCUUGGCCACCAUUGAGAGCUACCAGCCCUCUACCAACACUUGGCAGCUCCGUACGCCAAUGGAUGUGCCACGAUGCUGCCAUGCCAGUGCCAUCCUUCCAUCGGGAGACAUCUUGGUGACUGGUGGGUAUGUUAACUGUGCUUACUCUCGCUCUGUCAUUCGUUAUAGCAUUGACAGCGACACUUGGAGCGAGCAGGGAGAAUUGGAAACACCUCGUGGCUGGCACUGCUCUGCAACAGUAGGUGGCAAGGUGUACGUGGUAGGAGGUAGCCAGCUUGGUCCCGGUGGAGUCCGCAUUGAUGUGAUGACCAUGGAGGUCUUCAACCCUGAGAGCGAGGAGUGGACCAGAGGUGCUACCCUGCCCCUGGGAGUGAGCACAGCUGGUAUGUCUCCACUGGGAAAUCACCUGUACCUGCUAGGUGGAUGGAAUGAAGCAGAGAAACGCUACAAGUCAGCAGUCCAACGCUAUGAUCCAAGCACCGAGAGCUGGUCAACAGCGGAAGACCUGCCAGAACCCAUAGUGGGAGUGUCUUGUUGUGCCCUUCCCUUGCCCCCACGCCACACGUCCCGCAGACACCGGAACACACCUUCCCUUGAAGAUCCUAGCAGCGUGACGCAGCAUAACACUGCAUGAAAAACUGGGGAAAGACAGAGCAAGAAAGAGACAGGAUGAAAGGAGAGAUUGUUGAAGUGUAGAAAAAAGACAGCAAGAGAGAGAGAGACGUAUAGGUGAAAUGGAAAUUUAGAGUAGAAUGUAAAGAAUAACAACAUGAAGGGAAAAGCACAGAAGUCUUGUUCUUAAAACUCCAGAUGCUUUAGGUAAACAGCGAGUUCAAAGAAAAGGUACUACCUAGGACCCACUUAUAAAGAAUGUGAAAGGUACAUUUCACAAGAGCCUCUGCAGUGCAAGGAAUUUAGUGAGGUAUGUGCUUAUGGGUUUCUGUGAAUGAGUUUUAGAAAUUGAGCCAUACAGUUCCAUUGAAAAUACCAUAGUGGGAUUAUAACCAUUUUACUUCAGUAGUACUGAAUUAAGUCGUAUCUGUUUAUUUAUUUCUCACAUAAUUUUUUUUCUUAAUAAUCAAACCCAAUAACUGCAAAAGUUGUUCACGGGUACAUGCAAAGAGGUACAAUGCAAAAGCCAAUACCCCCCUCAAACAUAAAAUUUAAGCACAAAACCAUUGAUACUGCCCUCCAAAGAAUGUGCAUAAUACCACACAUAUUAACCAACAUGAUUCAUAGACUGGUUAUGAUUUUUUUAAACAUGCUUACCAUAUUCAUAUUUACUGUUUUAACCCAUUUAUGUAUUUAAGUUAUAUUUAAGUGUCUUUACUUACCUGUGUAGAGGUCAAAACAACUACCUAUAAUAGUUUUAUCAUAUACCAUCUAAAAGAACCAGUAAAGAUACGAAACAGAAAUGUUAACAAUUGAAUGCAUAACAUGGAAUAUGUAGCAGAUUAAAGAGCCUGGAGUGUAUCUGGUUCAAAAUCUGAGAUUUCACUGAAUAAAACUUAAGAAAAACUUGUCUCUUCU